AUGAUGGCCAUGAACACCAAGCAGCCUUUCACUAUGCACCCUGCCCUGCAGGAGCCCAAGUACUCCAGCUUGCAUUCCAGUUCAGAGGCGAUGCGCAGAGUUUGCCUUCCAGCCCCGCAGCUUCAGGGCAAUAUAUUUGGAAGCUUUGAUGAGAAUCUGCUGGCCCGCGCUGAAGCUCUGGCGGCUGUUGAUAUUGUCUCCCACGGCAAGAGCCAUCCGUUCAAGCCAGACGCGACCUACCAUACCAUGAGCAGUGUCCCCUGCACGUCUACCUCCUCCACCGCGCCCAUCUCGCAUCCUUCGGCCCUGACCUCGCAUCCCCACCACUCGGUGCACCCGGGGUUGGAUGGAGACCUCCUGGACCACAUCUCCCCAACGCUGACCGUGAGCGGCAUGGGGGCGCCCGACCACACGGUGAUGUCGGCUCAGAUUCACCCGCACCACCUGGGCGCCAUGGGGCACCUGCACCAAGCCAUGGGCAUGGGCCACCCGCACCCGGUCUCCGCUCACAACGGCAUGUCCUGCAUCAGCGACGUGGAGUCGGAUCCCAGGGAGCUGGAGGCUUUCGCCGAGCGGUUCAAGCAGAGGCGGAUCAAGCUGGGGGUGACCCAGGCGGAUGUAGGGGCGGCUCUGGCCAACCUCAAGAUCCCCGGCGUGGGCUCGCUCAGCCAAAGCACCAUCUGCCGGUUCGAGUCCCUCACCCUGUCCCACAACAACAUGAUCGCCCUGAAGCCCGUGCUCCAAGCCUGGCUGGAGGAGGCUGAAGCUGCCUACAGGGAGAAGAACACCAAGCCGGACCUGUUCAGCGGCAGCGAGAGGAAGCGCAAGCGGACCUCCAUCGCCGCCCCAGAGAAGCGCUCCUUGGAAGCCUAUUUUGCCAUCCAGCCCAGACCCUCCUCGGAGAAGAUCGCAGCCAUAGCGGAGAAACUGGACCUGAAAAAGAACGUGGUGCGGGUUUGGUUCUGCAACCAGAGACAGAAACAGAAACGCAUGAAGUACUCCGCCGUGCAUUGACUCGGCCCGGGGCUGGGGUGGGCAGCUGCCUCUUCUAAGCCUGGACUUUUAUAUAUUUUAUUCAAAUAAAGAGCAGGGAUCUCCGUGAGGACUCGCACUCAA